AUGAUCACAAACGUGAUCCCCAAAAUUGACGACCGACAAGAUCGAUUCAUUGAUCUCAUAGAGAUCAAAGACCUUCUCGUCCGAGAGAGAUACUAUCGUGACACGGCAAACUGGGCAGGGCUGCGAAAGUGCUACCACCCAAAUGCAACAAAGACGGUGGUCAACAUUUCAUGGUACAACGGGGAUAUCGACGGCUUCGUCAGCGGCUCGGAGGAGACGAGCGCGCGGGGCGUUCAGGGAAGCCACGGUAUCACGCCUGUCGAAAUCCACUUCAACUCUCGCCGUGACAAGGCUGUGUCAGAAUCGAGCGGCGAGCUUCGAAUUGGCGUCGUCAUCGAGGAUGGCUCAUAUACACUAACGUCCUACGUGCGUUUCAUCUCACGCCUCGAAAGGGACGACAACCGCUGGUACAUGUUGAGCUUUGAGGCAAUCUACGAUAAUGACAAGCUGGUAGCCGACUUUCCUUCGAACAAAAUGCCAUCGACAGGGCCGCUCCCGGGUUCGAGGAAGAGCUACGGGAUUACGAGUUGGGUCCUCGGUCUUUCAAAUUUAACCAUCAAUCAAGACCUUCCCGGUACAGACAGGCCGGAAUCUGUAAAAGAGACCAUGGAAAGGCACUUUGGUUGGCUUGAUGAUUAG